UUGUUUGAGCGGUGAAAGUAAUGAAGAUGGAGGAAUUGGUGUUGUUUAAUUAUCAAGCGAAAUUGUGGAGUGACUGAUACUUACGCCACUCUGCAUAACACAACGGAAAAGCUCAGGAUAAAGCGCAGUCUUUCGGAGGAUAGCAUGCUAGUUGAACUCAGCAGGCAGCAGAUGUGGGAAGAUGUUGGCUAUGGACCAAGGGGUUGUUGAAGAAUGGCUUUCUGAAUUCAAGACCCUCCCUGAGAGUGCCAUUUCAAGCUACGCUGCUUCCCUGAAGGAAAAGGCCUCCCUUGUUCCAGCCAUCUACAAAGUCAUUCGAGAGAAUUACAGUGAUCUCUUGGAGCCAGUGUGUCACCAGCUGUUUGAGUUUUACCGCAGUGGGGACCCCCGUCUCCAGAGAUUCACCCUCCAGUUCCUUCCUGAGCUGGUGUGGAGUUACUUGUCUGUCACAGCUGGCCGAGACCCACACUGCAGUGGCUGCAUUGAGGCACUUCUGCUUGGCAUCUACAAUCUGGAAAUCGUAGACAAAGAUGGUCAGAGUAAAGUGUUAUCCUUCACCGUACCAUCUUUGUCAAAGCCCUCCGUUUACCACGAGCCCUCAACGAUUGGAUCGAUGGCUCUGACUGAAGGGGCUCUGGCAAAUCAUGGGCUGAGCAGGGUUGUGUACAGUGGACCCCACCUCCAGAGAGAGACAUUCACAGCACAAAACAGGUUCGAGGUACUGACCUUCCUCCUCCUCUGUUACAAUGCAUCCCUGAGCUACAUGUCCAGCUCCUCCUUGCAGUCUCUCUGCCAGCUAAGUUCCAGGAUCUGCAUCUGCGGGUACCCCAGGCAACAGAUACGCCGAUACAAGGGCAUCAACACCAGGAUGAGUGUGUCCGCCGAGUUUCUUGUGCAGCUGAUAACAGGAAUCCACUAUGCCUUGUGUAACGGAGAGUCAGACAUGGGCUCCAAGGCACUAGAUGAUGUGCUGUACAGGGCUCAGCUGGAGCUGUAUCCUGAAGUGCUUCUGGUGGGUAAUGCAAUCAAGUCUUCCCUACAUGGUGGAGCCCUGAAGUCCAACAAGGAGGGUUCUCGCUCCAUCCAGGUAGAAAUCACUCCCACUUCCUCCAGGAUUUCCAGGAAUGCUGUGACAAGUUUGUCAAUCCGUGGACACCGAUGGAAGAGACACGAUGCAGUGGAUCUGGGUUCCCCGGACGAGCUGAUGGAGAUUUCUGAGGUGGAUGAGGGGUUCUGUUCACGGGCUGCGCAAGGUGGGAGUCCCCCAACAAUCGUGGUCAGCAGUAACUCGGGUCCCAGUGGAGGAAAGACGGCGGCAAAAGGCCAACGCAGGCUGGGCAGCAAGUUGAGCCGGGACAGAGAAGGGGUGCCAGAGAGCUGCCGAGAUCCACUCUCCCGCAAGCAGGUGGGGGGAAGGGCAAUGAGUGAAAACCUGGAGCUGCUGUCUCUGAAACGCCUGACACUCACCUCCAGCCAGUCGGUGCCCAGAGCGGGCACACUCAGUCUCUCCCACACCACCAGUGCUGUAUUCUCCAGGUCUUUUGAGCACAUGAGCAACGCAUUCACUGUCAGCAACCCAGUCCCUGUCCGUGGGCACAGCCUGGCACCCAGCAGCCCCUCCGCCCAUGAGACCAACCGCUUCUCUGCUUGCAGCCUGCAGGAGGACAAGCUGGCAUAUGUGGUGGAGCGUGUGGAACACCUGGGACCCUCCCAGCACAAGCAGCGCUCCCCCAGUAUCAGCUUUCACCUGUCUACUGAUCUGUGACUCUUUACCCAUGGUCCUUACUCCCAUCUGCUGACUGGGACUAAAAUGUGGGAAAACAAGUGGACCUGGCACUGAAGGGCAAAGCUAUAGAAGACCAGAAGCACUUCACUGCCAUCCUUUUCUCCUCAUAUGUCCGACAUCUAACCCUAGUUGCUCCCAAAUUCCCCACAGCAAUAAGUACAGCAGCAGCAGCAGCAGCUAAGGCAGUAGGACCAUCUAAUAGGACUGCUGGGCCAUGUACACCUUCACAUAGUAGUUUUUGUGGUGGAUGAUCCUUAUCUAUGAUCACUAAUUUGGCUUCUUCUGUAACGACACUUUUGUAAACAGGCCUGGAGCUCCAGAAGCAGACGGCAAUCCCCACGAACACUGCCCUGUACUGGUGCUCAUAAAGUGGCACCUUCAAAGAAAAGUCUAUUCUUGUAUUUCACUUUCUAUGGGACAUGUUCACUAAAACUGGUUUGUCUGUUAUGAAUGAAGUAUUUUAAAAGGUGUUUCUUCUGUGCUUUCAUUCCACCCUGCACACUGGAUCAAGUUAUCAAUAAGUUUAAAGUGAUAUUUGUAUUAACUUGCAGAUACAGAGUACUGCAGUGUGAAUUCACAUUAAUUUUCUAUGUAUUUAUGAAUCCAUAUUAUACCCAUUCACUGUGUAUCCGUGCUGAAAUAUUUUGGAAGUAAGGCUGCAUUUGAUCAAAUGUAUGAAAAGUUUUUCUGAAGCGUUCUGUUUAAAAUGUAAAACUUUGAAAUUGCACAGUUUUUAUAAACUGCUGAACAUUUACAGGCCUUUGGUCCCUUGGGAAAACUGCACUGUCACAUGUGACUUCACCAUCAUGCACUGCCCUUACAUAAAGAUGGCCUCCGUUAAUGUUGCACUUCUGAUCCUGUAAUAUUUUAUUUGUACUUGUCGUUAGAUUUUGAAAUUAGCCUAAAACCCUCUAAAUUAGAAAAUGGGAACUACUGUCCAUGUUUACUUGGGUGACAGCUGACUUAAUACUGUCAGUGUGGUUCAGAUGCUGCAGAUGCAGUACCCAUGUCUUGUACUUGUCAUUUUUCCCAUUUUUCUAUUGAACCUACAGUGAAACAUAGUUGGAUUUGUAUUUUUGUAUGCUGUACAUGUCUUACUUAUAAGGACAUUGGCAGGUAGCAGUGUUAAUUAGCCAUAGUAUUUACAGAAAGCACACAGACCCACACCAGCGUGACUUGGGCUAUGUUUGUGACUGCCAAAUCUUGGUUUCAUUUCUGAUGUUUUAUUUUGAUUCAGCUAUACAUGAUCUGUCCCAGAUUUUAGAAGGUUCAUACUU